AUGAGCUACCUCUUUGACCUGCCAACCACGUCGGCCGUCUCCUUUGCCGAUGUCCUCAUCGACGCAUCAGGAUCUUCUGCUCGCGCGCCUCAGCUGGCAGCUUGUACAGCCGCAAGAGGCCGAGUACGGUCCCAGCUCAAGCUAGCCAAGCGCGCCGCCAAGCGGUCUGCCAAAGGCGACAAGACUGGCUCAAGCCUUCACGGUCCUGACUGGGAAGCGAUCAUCAAGGCAUGCCCAUCGCGAUUCCAGGUCACGCAAGAGUACAUACCUCUUGUGGUCAGCUUGCAAGAUUGCAUCGAUAGAGACAGCUUACUUUGCAAGACUGAACCCGUCUUUGCAUGGCGCCCAGUACUCUCCUCGCGUCUUACCCGUCGACCAGCUCGUUUGGUCCUGCCGUCUUUACGGUACGAACUCGCGGCAGUGCUUCUCACGCAUGCGCUCGCAUUGGCCAACGCUGCAUCUGCUCGCGUCCUGUCGCUUGGCCCAUACGAACAUGACAAGAUGCUCGCAGAGAGCCAACGUAAAGCGAAUGACGAAGCUAUCAAUUCUGAUGCCAAUAUGCUCACUCGUGCUAGCGCAAUCAUGACCUACCUCUCUGCCGAGCUAUUGCCUGUCUGCGAGACGAAAGCACCCUCUGUCAAAGAAUUGCCUGCCGACUUGACGAAGGAACUCACCUUUGCCCUUUCAAAGGUCUUGAUGGCUGAUGCUGAGCGCUUGGCGAUACGGCGGCUGCUCUCUCGCUCCAGCGCAGAUACAGCUCUCCGGCCCGGCCCGCCAUUACCCAGGACGCACCCCUCGCCCGGUCUACUCGCAAAGCUGUAUCUGAACGUCUAUGAGCAUUACGACGCAGCAAGGAGUACAGCCAAACUCGUAGGCGGUCAACGCAAGACCGAGGAUGCUCAUCUGUCCAACGACGCCAAGUCGAUCGUCCUGCAAAGCUUUCGAACGUACUUAUCUGAUGGUCGCGCCGCCUCACUGGCUAUCGGUUACAAGUGGCUGGGAGUAGAAGCGGGCGAGAGAAUGAGCAAGUACGGUGAAGCGAUAGGUUGGCUGAAGCUGGCGAGAGAAGCUCUGCAAGAUCUUGUGUCCAGUGGCAAACCUUUGGCCAGUCUGCUCGGCAGGAACAAGGCAAGAGCAGGGCGAAAGAGCCAUCUCGAAGCCGAGCUGGCCAGUGUUGAGAUGUUCCUGACGAGCUAUACUCAGCUAAACGAGACAAUCACCUUCGAGCCUGUGACGACUGCUGCAACGCUACUCACACGGGUGCCAGCCGGUCGCUCUGCAAUGACGGUCCCAAAGUAUGAGCUGCCUAAGCCAAUCUUCUCCACGACAAAAUCAUCAAUCGACAUGUCGAGCAUGCAGCUCGCAUUGGAGGGUCUGGAUGGAGGAGGAGAUGGCGCCGGCAGUGAAGAUUCGGACGACGAUAGUGAUGAGCAGACCGGCCCUUCGAUAGGCCGUUACGCAGGGGCGGGAUCGUACUUCUGA